ACCAGUUUUUUUUUCCGGAAUGCGUGAUUUUUAAUUAGUGAUUUUAUUAAUGGUUAUAAUUAGUGAUUAGUCAAAAUAGGUAGACAAGAAGUGAUAGGCCAUGUCAGGCGUGACCAGACAUACUGUAACGGCCCAGCUCUGAAUUGGACGUUAUGCGUGUACCAUAUACAGCGGAUUUUAACUAUCCUGAUGCCUUUUUAUGAUGAUAUCCGGCUGGACGCCAACAUGAGUCUGACGUUUAAUACGUCAGCAAAAUGGCUCAUCGACAUGGCGAACCGGACCGUCAUCAAUCCGAACACCCUCAUAGAAAAAUUCUCCCAGAACCGAACGGUUGACGAACCCACUAGAACUCUUCUACUGACUUUUUAUGGAAUUCUGGUUGUUAUUGGGGCCGCUGGGAACUCGCUGGUCGUCAUUUCUGUAGUCCGCAAACCCCAAAUGCGAACAGCCCGCAACAUGUUCAUAGUCAACCUCGCAGUGUCGGACGCGCUCGUCUGCUGCUUCGGCACCCCCCUGACCCUCAUGGAGCUGCUGACCAAGCACUGGCCCCUGCCUGACUGGUCGUGCCUCUGUAAGGCCACGGGCGCCAUACAGGCCAUUUCGAUCUUCGUCUCCACUAUCACUAUUACGGCUAUCGCGCUGGAUCGAUACCAGCUGAUCGUGUACCCCACAAGACAAGGCCUCCAGACCAUGGGCGUCCUCAUCAUCAUGUUCUGCAUCUGGCUCAUCGCCUUCUUCCUCGCUUCCCCUCUCUACAUGUUCAGGAACCUCAAGACCCACAACAUCGGUCUCAUUGGCAUGGACUCCUUAAGCUUCUGCAUCGAGGACUGGCCCAUCGCCAACGGACGGGCCAUGUACUCUCUCUUUAGCCUCAUAUUCCAGUAUCUCCUCCCAGUUCUAGUCGUAGUCAUAGCCCAUAUUCAAAUUCAUAGAAGACUCAGAGGAAGAAGACGAACGACUAGAAAAACUCCAACUAUCCUCAUCGCUAUUGCUGUAACUUACGUUAUUAGCUGGCUGCCACUAAAUGUUUUCAACUUGGCAGCAGAUUUCUCGAAAGAACCUAUCUUGGGAGAGGAUCAAAUGAUAAUAACGUACGCUAUCUGUCAUAUUAUUGGUAUGUCGAGUGCCGUCUCGAAUCCGCUGCUAUACGGAUGGCUGAAUGAUAAUUUUAGGAAAGAGUUUGAGGAGAUUCUUUGCUGCUGUCGGAAGAAAGGGCAAAUGAAGAAUCAAAGGGGAAAGAGGAAGAUAGAUACAGAGUUGACAGCUUUAGCUCAGCUUGAGCAGACUGUGACGACUAAUACGAAAACUUCGAAUUGCUCUCAAAUUUUCUGACUAAAAAGCUGCUGCAAAUAGCACGAGCAUAGCAGCAUUGAAAUGCAAAGCAUUUAAAAUGCUUG